AUGUCCAAAAACCUCUACACGUUAUGCGCAAUUCUGGCGGCUUGUAUUCGUUGCGCGGUUCGCGGCGACACUUGUGGUCCGCGUGGACGUUGCGAUUUGAGUCGCGGAUGUCCGGAUGGUUGGAAGGGUUUCCAGAGGCCGUAUGGUAGGAUGUGUUUGAAGACGUUUACGGGAUUGGUGAGAGCGGGUGCGACGGGAUGUUCGAAUUAUAAUGCGACACUUGGAUCGAUGCAGAAUGAUGAUGAGAAACGAUUUGUUAUUGGUGGGUGGAGAGGGAAAAAAGUUCGGUAAAGUGAACCAGUACAAGAUUUCCAAGUCAACCCCGAAAAAGCGAAAAAAUGUUUUUUUGUUUCCGUGUGGAACAGUUGAGAGAACAGCCAAAAUUUCACGUGAGAGAAAACGAUAGAGUGUGAGAGCAGGAGACACGCGAGACGAAAAAGGGAUAUGAACAGACUCCGCCUAACUAACUGUAAGAAAAUUGACCGAAAGCCAUGGGUGUGUGCAAACACUGCGAUGCACUUUUGCGUACUUACAUACAGUAAUAUAUCGGCUUCAAGAUUUUUUCAAGUUUAGGCGAGUUCAGAACAGGCCUGAUCGGAAUGGACCUUGUCGGAAGGUUCGGAAUGAGCACACUCAUUCCGAGUGGUCAGAUCGUAAUUCCGAAUUCCGAACCUCCAUUCCGACAUUUUUACCUCGGAAUUUCGGAAUUUUUCGGAAUGUUUCGGAAUGAUAUAAAACUUCAAAAAGUUGUCUUCAAAAGUUAAAUUUUUCGAGAAUCACAAGAGAAAAAGAGAUUUUUUGAAAAUGACAGGUAAAAUUCAUCAAUUUUUCCAUUUUUUUGUUGAAUUUUUCACUAAUUUCAGCUCAAACAUUCCGAAAAAUUCCGAAAUUCGGUAGAAAAAUUCCGAAAUUCGGAAGAGAAACACAUUCCGAAAUUCCAAAAAGUUUCGGAAGUAACAUCGGAAUGAUUCCGAUUCCGAGAAAAUAGAUUCCGAUUCCGAGAAAAUAGAUUCCGAUUCCGAGACACGUUUGUCUCAUUCCGAAAAAGCUGUCGGUUUCGGAAUUUCGGAAUUUCUGAAUUCCGAUUCCGAUCAGGCCUGGUUCAGAAUUCAGAAGAUCAGAAGUACAUAUCAAAUCAGCAAAUCAGAAACCUGCAUCGAGUCGGGUUUUCACAAAAAUGUCGGAAUUUGAAGCCCACACGAGUUUUCGGUCUAAUAUAAAAUUAUUUCAAGUUUAGGCCAGGUCAGAAGCCUGAAUUCAUGAAUCGGAAUUUCACAGGUCUCGGAUUGUUCAACCAAACUAAACUAUAGUCUCGUUUUGAUGUCACGUGGAUUGAUUAUCCCAAAUUCCAGAAAUAAACCAGAAAGCUUCUUUGAAAAACAAAAAAUAAUUUUAAUUGUCGUCUCGACAAAAAAUAUCAGAAUUUGUUGAAAAAUGCAAAAUAUUACCAAAUCAGAAUAGGAAGAUUCGGAUAAACCAAACUUUUUUGCAGACGACAUUCUCUCGCAAGUAACAGUUUCAUCGGGUCUCGUCUGGCUCGGUAUAAACCGUCAACCGAUGUGUUAUACAUCCACAUCAAAUGCCGAUUUGUGUGCUCCAUCGGCUCGCGACGCAUUUUAUUGGACCGACGGAUCGGCUCGCGGUUGGGACAUGUUCGAUUGGCACGAUUCGGCGCCACAAUUGAAUAAUUGUGCAAUGAUGUUUGUGUCGAAUACAUCGGUUCAAGUUGACGAUGGAACUUCGGGCGUUUGGUAUCCGGGACAAAUGACUGAUAAAGGGUGAGACAUUUUUCAACUGGCUCGUGAACAAAAAAAGGUUUUAGAUGCGAUACAAUCAACGCAAGUGGCGCAUUAAAAACCAUCGGUUAUGUUUGUGCAAAGAUUCCAAAUUUGUACUCGAGGACUUGA